CAUUAGUAAUACCACAUAAAAUGUGUUUAUCUUAUAUCACAACUUUUUCAUCAAAAUAUAAUAUAAUAUUUAUGUUCAUUACUGUAGUAUUGAUAGAAAAGUUAAGUGAUAUUAAAUUAAAGAAAAGUGCAAAAGACGCAUUAACAGCUUUUUUGAAAAAUAUUCUUACAAUUUGUAAUUUUGCAAG